UGUGCUGAGUUCAGUCACCACGGUGAGGAUGAACUCGGUGGGGGGCCGUUAACGGGAUUGCUGGGGAAGCUCGUCUCUGUCAGCUGCCAAACAACUGAUCGCCCAAGCCCCACUAAAAAGUUGAAGUGCGCUGAGGAGCUCGAGCUCCCGGCAACUUCCACAGCGCUGACGAUAACAGCCGCCGGACCCAAUCGGGAGCUCGAUGAUUUACCUCACUUUCAAGGUUCCUUUUUCCUCCAACUUCCCAAACGUCGCAUCCCGAUUAUAGAGGAGGAUCCCUGCUAUCCUCAUACGUCUACAUCGACAACAAGAACCUCGCCGUUAGUCAACCAACUUAUUACGCACAAUCAAGAUGAAGGAAAUGGCAGGACAGGCCGGUGCCGGCAGCGAGGACAAGUGCCCCGUCGACCACAAGACGCGCGAGCUGUGGUUGCAACAAGCAAAGCAGGCAAAGGCCGCACAAGAGGCCGCGGCUGCGGCGGGCGGCUCGACGACACCAUCGCCAGAGAACGCCUUCACGACGCCAGUAGCACCAGCACCAGCAGCUGCAGUACAACAACAACCACCAACACCGCCUACUCAAUCCCAGAUCCCCCAGCCGGCGCAACAAACAGCAGUCCCCGCGGCGCUUCCCACCUCGCAACCAUCUUCCUCGUCGUGGUCCUCAUGGCUCCCCUUCACGUCCUCUUCUUCCGGCUCCUCCGCGCCGCCCUCCACACUAGCGCCUCCCCAGUCAUCACUCGGCGAACAUCGCGAAAUCUCCUCCAUCCCCCGCGCCGCCACCACCGGUCCUUCGGCCUGCCCCUCCAACGCCGAGCAAGAAACGGGAGCCGACACCGCCACCGGCAACUGGGUCUACCCCUCCGAGAAACAAUUCUACGAAGCCAUGAAGCGCAAAGGGCACGACGGCGCCAGCGCAGCCGACAUGAAGACGGUUGUCCCCAUCCACAACGCGGUCAACGAGCGGGCGUGGGCGGAGAUUCUGCGGUGGGAGAAGCCCUUUACCGGAGAAGGAUGUGGAUGCGCCGAGGGCCCCAAGCUGCAGAGCUUCAUGGGCGAGAGCAAGCGGAUGACGCCCAAGGCGAGGCUGAAUACGUUGUUGGGGUACACGGCGCCGUUUGAUAGGCAUGACUGGAUUGUUGAUCGCUGUGGCACGAGGGUGGAUUAUGUGAUUGACUUUUAUGCGGGGAGGAAUAAUGAUAAGGCGGGGGCGGGCAAGUUGAACUUUUAUUUGGAUGUGAGGCCGAAGUUGAAUACGUGGGAGGGAGUCAAGAUGAGGGCUUUGGGGCUUGUUGGGUUGAACUAGAGUGAAGCGAGGGGCAUAGAGAAGACGAUGGGAUGAUUGAAGUGGUCUAGAAAAUAGACUCGUGGGGUAUAUAGGGCAGAGAUCUUUCAAGACUCGAACAUGUAGGUUUCGCUGUAUUAUUAGUAGGGUUGGUUUAACAUUGCAUCUCACUCAUGUUUGGCAUAUAAACUUUUGUUCAAACGGUGCAUAUGGACAAGAC